CAAAGCAGAUUAGGAAGAAGGGGGCGGAGCAAAGUGUGUGUGCAGGAGAGGAGUCGAGCAGAGAGAGCUGCUUUUUCAUGAAACGGGAGUAAAGUAGUGAACUUAGAGGAGAGAAACAAACUAAAGUAUCGAUCAUAAACCACUACCAACGUCCUGAUCGAUAUCUGCAUCGAUCUGCCCACCCUUGUCUCCUGGAUCGUAGCUGAGAUCAGCGUGAACCACGUGGGUCUCUGCUCCCUGAUCUGUUUCCUGUGUUUGGAAAGAGUUGCAGCUUCAUCGCGGAGUUUCUCUCGGUUUGUGGGCUCAUCUAAAGCUGAGUAACAGGAGGAGAAGAGUCUGGUGGAGCAGCAGAGGAACAGUUUCAGCCAUUUGGACUCAGCUCAGCCACUACAGAGGAAACAAUGACUUCAACGCAGGAGGACCAACAUGGAGAGAGAAGUCAGCGCUCUCAGGAGGACGACAAACCUCACAGAAGAAAGAAAGAGAAAACAUACAGCUGUAACGAGUGUGGGAAGGAUUUUACUCUAUCUGGAAACUUAAAAAAACAUCAACUCAUCCACAGUGGAGUUAAAGCAUUCAGCUGUGACUUGUGUGGAAAGUCUUUUACCCAGGCUUCAAACUUUAAAAAACACCAAAUCAUCCACAGUGGAGUUAAAGCGUACAGCUGUGACAUUUGUGGAAAAUCUUUUACACAGUCUUCAAGCUUAAAAACACACCAACUCCUCCACAGUGGAGUUAAAGCGUACAGCUGUGACAUUUGUGGAAAAACUUUCAGCCAGUUAGGGUACCGAAAUAUUCACCUACGCAUUCACACUGGACAUAAUGUUUACUGCUGUGAUCAGUGUGGCAAACUGUUUACAACAGAUGCACAGUUACAAAGCCACAUGCUUUCCCACACUGAGGAGAGACCUUAUAAAUGUGACCUGUGUGAUAAAGUUUUUAAACAUCCAAAUUACCUCAAAUCACACCAACAGAUCCACGCCAGAAAGAGACUCUACAAGUGCAGUUACUGUGAGAAGCAGAGCAACACAGAUGGAUCCAGUUCUCAACCCUGUCGUCACUGUGGUGGUGGGAAAGCGUUUCGCUGUGACCUUUGUGGAAAAACUUUCAGUUACCGAAGGAGCCUAAAAGUGCAUCAACGUAGACACACUGGAGACAAAAUGAACUACUGCAAAGAAUGUGGGAGUGGCUUUCCAACAUCAAGUGCAUUAAAAAAACAUGAACUCUAUCACAGUGGGGUUAAAGACCACCUCUGUGACCAGUGUGGGUCAUCCUUCACCACUGCAGAUCAUCUUAAAGAUCAUAAAAGAGUCCACACAGGAGAGAAACCAUACAAGUGCAGACACUGUGACAAAAGUUUCUCACGUUCAUCUGGUUGUAACAGACAUGAACGUACACACAUUGAAGAGAACUUCAGCUGUGACCAGUGUGACAAGAGCUUCAAGAAUUUCACUUCAUACUCCAAACACAAGCGAGCCCACGCUGCAAAUAAACUGUUUCACUGUUACCAAUGUGCCAAAUCAUUCAAUUCAUUAUCUGCUCUGCGCAAACAUCAGCGUGAUCAUGCAGGACUGAAAUCACUGGAUCACAAUGAAUCUGACGAGACAGAAAGAUCUUCUUCUGGUUUCAGGGUCAGACUUAAAAACCUUGAGAUCAGGCUCCACAGAGUUCAGCUGGAGUCUCCUGUAAAGAGUGCAGCUGAUGUCACACUUGGAUCUGAUGAGGUAGCUCUGAUUUCUGGACCUGCAGUAAAUAAUCCUGGAUGUUAAAUUUAGAAAUACUUUAGAAAAGUAUUUUCCCCCUUCCUGAUUUUAUGUUUGCCACACUUAACUUGCUUUAGAUCAUUAAACAGACUUUUCAAACACAAUGCUUUCAUCUAUUAAGAGAAAGAAAACAACAUAUGGCCCUUUCUCCAUAUUUUCUUCUUUUUUCCCUUCACUGUGUUUCAUUCUGUUUCUGUUGUCUGUGUUGAUUUGAAGGGCUUUCAUUUUAGGAUGGAUGAGCUGCUUACGUACCUACAGAUACAAGUAAACUCAACUGAACCUGAACGUGUCUGUUGCUUGCUGAUGAAUGUGACCACACUGACAAGUAGUUCCUACAGUUUGUAUUUUUCUGUCAUUUCUUAAAGAUUGUCUUACCUGAAUAUAGAAUCUCUCUGUCGUGGUUUGAUCAGUAAACCUCAUCCAGCUGGCUGCACUGAGAGAGAACCUGCUAUACUGUGCAUGUAUUCAAUUUUCCAUUAGAUGUUGAUGAAUUCUUCUUUAUUUUGUUGUAUCCCUUCAUGAACGUAUAAAGGAAAUAAAGGUUGAGAUAA